AUGGCGGGCAGGGGCAAGACACUCGGAUCUGGGUCAGCGAAGAAAGCCCAACCAAGGAGCAGCAAGGCGGGGCUCCAGUUUCCCUUUAUAUGGUUGCUAGCCAUUCUGAUGCUAUCCGAUUAUGUGCCUGGAGGUAAAGUUUCAGCUAUGGAAGAAGCAUUUAAUCGAAAUUUACUCGGAUCUUUUCUUCUGGCCAACAUCCUCACAGGACUGGUGAAUUUGUCUAUUGAUACCUUGCUUGUUCCACCAAUCUCUGCUCUAGCAAUCUUGUUUGCUUAUGGAUUCAUUUUAUCUUUUGCUGUUGGAUUUGCAGAUUUUCUUGGCAUUAAGUUGGAAGUUUUGGCAAAGAGGAGAAAACUCUAUAUGGGCUAUAGUGUGGUGGUGAAGUUGUUCUUCGCUUUGCUAGCUGGGAUUGUAUUCAAGUUUGAUCCCCCAAACGACACCACAUUUCCUCACAGUGUAUAUCUACUGCCGAAUUUCUGGAGUUUCCAAAACUGUGAUUUGAGAAGAGCAAAGAAGAUUGCACAAGAGACACAAGGAGGAGGAGAAGGUUUUGAGUUUGUGCUUAAGAGAUGGCAGCCUUAUUAUUUUGCUUGUGGUGAACGCAACGGCUUUCAUUGCAAAACUGGGAUGAUGAAAUUUGCCGUUUCGCCUUUCUUCCGUUAG